AUGGAGCGCUUUUCUUCCUUAUCCCGGAUGCAACGUGUGGUAGGAUAUUGCCUGCGAUUCGCCAAUCGGACCCGAAGGCGCCCUGCGUUGUCGGGACCUAUAUCACUUGCAGAACAAUACCAGGCUCUGUAUAGAGUCAUCAAAUAUACUCAACAAAUCUAUUACUUCGAGUUAUACAAGCAAAUCGCAGCCCAUAGAAAUAUUGUACCAGUCUCUGUAGCUCAGUUGGCUCCAUAUCUAGAUCAAGCAGGCUUCAUUCGAGUCGGAGGAAGUUUGAAACAUUGGACACUGAAUGACGACGUAGAACACACUAUAGUGCCAUCACAACGGUGCUAUCACACAGAGUUGAUAAUUUGGCAUUAUCAUCAGCUAUUGUUACACGGUGGAGCGAGAGUAGUACUUUCAAUGAUAACCCGACGAUAUUGGAUAAUGUCUGGUCGGGCGGCUGUACGUCGAACAGUUUACUCAUAUGUUCCAUGUUCAAAAUAUCGGGCCAGCACUCCUAAACCUUUUAUGGCGGACUUACCUGCUGGCUGCUUUCCGAGUCACCGCAAAUCGGGCAUUUUAUAA